CCCAAUUGUAUAAUUUUUUUUUUUGGCUUAGAUAUCUGGAGAAUGAAAAAGCAAUUGAAAUCAUUGCUAUAAUGUCUGGCGUCUACAAUUUAGUCUAAGCUCUACACUUCGUCUCCCUCUCCAUCCAAUCUUUAAUAAAUAUUUUAAAUGUUUUAUCAUAAUUUAUUGGAGAACAUAAAGCGGCGGGGAGGCUGGGCAGCAGCAAAAAAACUCUCAUCUCUCUGUGGAUGAGUUACAGAGCAGCGAAGCAAGCCGGGCAUGUAUAGAGUGCGAACUUUAAACUUGUAUUGGGGUCCAUUUGAACAAAUAAACCUGACCCAUCUCUCUCAUAACAUUGCAAAUCCAAUAGGGUUUUCUUAUUCAAGAAUUGAAUCAAACCGACUUUUGAAUGAUUUGUCAAAACGUGGUCGUAUCGACGAGGCACGCCACAUGUUCGACAAAAUGCCUUGCAGGGACAAGUUUGCAUGGAACACUAUGAUUGCUGCUUAUGCCAAUUCAGGGAGAUUAACUGAAGCUAAUCUACUUUUUCAUGAGACUCCAUUGAAGAGUUCAAUCACGUGGUCUAGUCUUAUAUCUGGCUACUGCAAAUAUGGCUGUGAAAUUGAAGCUUUUGAGUUGUAUUGGCAAAUGCAGUUCGAAGGACAAAAGCCUAACACAUACACUUUAGGGAGUGUCAUUAGGCUGUGCUCCACAAUGGGCUUUCGUCAAAGAGGGGAACAGAUUCACGGGUAUGCGAUAAAAACUCGACUUGAUGGUGAUGUUUUUGUUGUUACCGGUCUAGUUGACAUGUAUGCCAAAUGCGAGAGCAUUUUGGAAGCUGAAUAUCUUUUCGAAAUAGUGGCUGAUAGCAAAAAUCAUGCUACUUGGACAGCUAUGCUUACUGGGUAUUCUCGUAAUGGGGAUGGGUUUAAAGCAAUCGAGUGUUUUAGGGACAUGAGAACUGAAGGGGUUGAGUCGAAUCAAUUUACUUUUCCUAGCAUUUUGACAGCCUGUGGAGCAAUUUCAGCUCGUGACUUUGGGGUUCAAGUACACGGUUGUAUAGUUAGGAGUGGUUUUGGUGCCAAUAUAUUUGUUCAAAGUGCAUUGGUGGAUAUGUAUUCAAAAUGUCGAGACUUGAAUAGUGCAAAGAGGGUUUUGGAGAAUAUGGAGAUUAAUGAUGUGAUUUCUUGGAACGCCAUGAUAGUGGGGUUUGUGAGGGAGGGCUUUGAAGAGGAAGCUUUGUCUUUGUUUCAUGAAAUGCAUGCAAGAAAUAUGAAAAUUAAUGAUUAUACAUACCCAUCUGUGUUAAACUGUUUUGUAUCCGUGAAGGAUAUACAAAAUGCAAAAUCCGUCCAUUGUUUAAUUGUCAAAACUGGAUUUGGGGCAUAUAAGCUCGUGAACAAUGCUCUUGUUGACAUGUAUGCUAAACAGGGAAAGUUAGAUUAUGCGUUUAUGGUAUUUGACCAGAUGCCAGACAAAGAUGUUAUCUCAUGGACUUCCCUGGUUACAGGAUAUUCAUACAAUGGCUCUUAUGAAGAUGCUAUCAAGUUGUUUUGUGACAUGAGAAUUGCAGGUGUAUGUCCUGACCAAAUUGCCCUUGCCAGCGUUCUGAGUGCUUGUGCAGAACUGACAGUUAUGGAAUUUGGGCAGCAAGUUCAUGCAACGAUUAUCAGAUCUGGUCUUGAAUCAUCCUUAUCAGUAGAUAACUCUCUUCUGACAAUGUAUGCAAAGUGUGGGGGCAUAGAAGAUGCCAAUCAUGUCUUUGACUCCAUGGAAACUCGGAAUGUCAUUAGUUGGACAGCUCUAAUAGUUGGAUAUGCAAAGAAUGGUAGAGGAAAAGAUUCUCUACAAUUUUAUGAUCAAAUGAUUGCUACUGGCACAAAACCGGACUUCAUUACAUUUAUUGGUUUACUAUUUGCCUGUAGCCAUACUGGUCUUGUGGAAGAAGGUCGCCAGUACUUUGGAUCAAUGGACAAUGUAUAUGGGAUCAAGCCAGGUCCUGAACACUAUGCUUGCAUGAUUGAUCUUUUGGGACGCUCAGGAAAACUUGAUGAGGCCAAGGAAUUACUUAAUCAAAUGGUUGUAGAACCAGAUGCAACUGUAUGGAAGGCACUGCUUGCUGCUUGCAGAGUACAUGGGGAGCUGGAAUUGGGAGAGACAGCAGCAAAGAACCUCUUUAAAUUGGAACCCAUGAAUUCUGUGCCUUAUGUACUAUUAUCUAAUAUGUAUUCACUUGCUGGCAGAUGGGAAGAUGCUGCAAGAAUCAGAAGAUUAAUGAAAUCCAGGGGGGUUAAUAAGGAACCAGGAUGCAGUUGGAUCGAGUCUAACAGCAAAGUGCACACAUUUAUGUCCGAAGACAGAAGCCAUCCAAUGAUGAAUGAAAUUUAUUCAAAGAUCGAUGAGAUAAUUAUAUUGAUCAAGGAAGCUGGUUAUGUGCCAGACAUGAAUUUUGCACUUCAGGACAUGGAUAAAGAAGGUAAGGAGAUUGGUCUAGCUUAUCACAGUGAGAAGUUGGCUAUUGCUUUUGGGCUUCUCACUUUGCCACAGAGAGCGCCAGUACGUAUUUUCAAGAAUCUCCGGGUUUGUGGGGAUUGCCAUACUGCUAUGAAAUAUAUAUCUAAGGUAUAUCUUCGCCAUAUUAUUUUGAGGGAUUCAAAUUGUUUCCAUCAUUUCAGAGAAGGAAAAUGUUCCUGUGGAGACUACUGGUAGGAGGUUGAUGUUUUGAUCCUUUAUUAUUCUCUCUGCACCUGUCUCUCAUGGACUUGAAAUCAAACAGAUGAUUCCUGAUACUAUUUUUGCCAGAUUUUAGUAGUGCAGCUUCUGCACAUUCAAGGUUGCUAUUGUCAAGCUUAUUUGUCAUAUUGUGUAUAAUUUAGAAAGAGAAGUAUAUAGCAGAUAGUUGAUCCAGAAGCAGAUGUUUUCACAAAGAUUUCAAUAUGAUGGAGCUGUAACAACAAAUAAGGAACACUGACAUAACAGAAAAUCCAACACAACCUUCUAGAGGAGUGCUUGAAUAGGUUAUUGAAGAUAUUAUAGGAUAUAAUGAUAGCUGUCUUGGAUGAUGCUUCCUAGAGGAUCUCCCCAUCAGAUGGACUGACAUUCUCAGGUGGUAAAGAGAGCUGCAGCUGUAUCAGAGGUUGACUUUGCUUAUCCUCUGCCAGGUGCUGGAAUUAACCAGUUAGUAAGAGAUAGGUUAGGAAGUAGUUUGGAUAGCUUCUUGUCACAUGGAAGCCUAGCAAACAACAAAAGGGUGUCUGAAUUGCAGCCAGAGACCGAGAAAAAAAAAAUAUUCUACUUGCUUUCAUGAGUCAUGCCUCAUUCCAAGAGACAACCUUGAUGACUGUACUUUCAAAGCCAAGCUGUGCUGGGAAAUGAGUUCAAAUUCUGUGAUGGUUGGCUCAUGUACUAUCUUUUUUCAAAGUCCCACCCUGCAUUUCUUCUCAGAUUAUAUUUGAAGUGCUCCAUGAAUCAGUAGUCAAAUUUUUGCAUCCAACAAGUACCAAAUUGCUUAAUAUUUUGAUAGAUUGGAGCACAAAAUUUUUGAGAUGUAGAAUAUUGGCUAAUAUUGUUGGAUAUAGGAUUUGCUCAUGGUGACAUUAUGCUAAUGUAAAGAAUUAACUUGGAUAUGGAUGUUAUAUCAAUUUUUAGGAGCAACUGAAUUGGAUUUUUGUUCUUUGGCAGAUUUUCCCACAUAUGAUUCAUAUAUUUUUAACAAAUCUUAAUUCACUAACAAACGCCAGACGGUGGAUUGCAACUUGGUAAAGAAGGUUGGCGUGUUUCUCCGUGUGGAUCUAAUUGUUUUUGCAUUUAUAUAUUUACUUUGACGGACAGCAGUUCAAAUGAUAAAAUUAUCUCGUUUGCCAAUGUUGCCCACCAAUUGUUUGAUGAAAAAGCCAAGGAAAUCGUUGUUCUAAUGUCUUUGAAGUCUGUCUGGUGUCUCCAACCGAGUGUAAGCUUUACUUACUCUCUGGCAUCUCCAAUCUUUACGUGUAUGUUUCCUUGAGUUCAUAGACUGCAUUAUCAAAUUCUAUUCUGCUUUUUUGAUAUUCUGAAGGCUAUUCGUGCUUCUCAGAAGCAGAGUGCCUCUUGUACUAUUCAAAGUAAGAAAUAUAUAUCACGAUAUGUAAUUGGUCCCUUGACCAGUGACUUUUUUAUGUAAAUGUAUGAAUGAACGUUGAU